GUGUGUGUGUGUGAGAGACACAGAGGGAGUGAGGGAGUCCCCCCCUUCUCCUUUUCUUUUUUCUAGUGGCUCACUGUUCGGUGCACAAUGACUCAAUGAAAAGUGGAGGGGAGAGGCGAGCACACUGUACGUCUGCAUGAGGGAGAGAGAGGGAGCAGAGAACACAGAGCAGAGUGGAAGAAGAGGAAGAAGAAGAGGAAGGAGAAGAGGAAGGAGAAGAGGAAGGGGAGGCGAUUGGAGGGAGCUGUGAGGCUGUGGACAAGAGAAGGGGAGGAUAUACUGGUCUUCUCCCCCCUCCUCUCUCUCUCUCUCUCUCUCCCUCUGAAAGGCCACUCUGGGAUCAAGUGGCAGCCGUUCAGUCCCAGCUCAACUUCACCUGGCUGCGCUGCUCGUCUCUCUCCGCCUCUUCAAGCGUCUCACUCGUUCCACUUCAGGCUUUCUUUCCUCCACUUCUUCCUGUCAAGGUGCUGCUGGUUGUGGUCACUCAUCCCGCCACCAGUGUCUGCAGGAUGCCUGCUGGGAGAGGAGGGGAUGGAGCCGGGUCAGGACUCGGCCGUGGGACGGCGGCGGUGGCCGGGGCCCCUGGUCGGGCUCUUCGCUCUGGGCUGUGGACGAUGGUGGCGUGGGGCGUUGUGGUGCUGCUGGCAGGUGGUGGAUGUGCGGAGGCGUGCCCGGCUCUGUGCAGCUGCCUGGGGAACACGGUGGACUGUCACGGCCUGGGGAUCCACUCUGUGCCCAAGAACAUCCCCAGAGGGACCGAGAGGCUAGAUCUGAACGGAAACAACCUGACAGUCAUCACCAAGACGGACUUCUCUGGUCUCAAACACCUCCGGGUUCUACAUCUCAUGGAGAACCAGAUCAGUAACGUUGAGAGGGGAGCGUUCGAUGAGCUGAGGGAGCUGGAAAGACUUCGUCUCAACAAGAAUCAUCUCAGUCAGUUCCCAGAGCUGCUGUUCCAGAAGAAUGAAGCUCUGUCUCGACUGGACCUGAGUGAAAAUGGCAUCCAGGCCGUCCCGAGGAGAGCCUUCAGAGGGGCCACGGACCUGAAGAACCUCCAGUUGGAUAAAAACCACAUCAGCUGUAUCGAGGAGGGAGCUUUCCGAGCUCUGCGAUCUCUGGAGGUUCUCACGUUGAACAACAACAACAUCAGCACUAUCCCAGUCUCCAGUUUCAACCACAUGCCCAAGCUCCGCACCUUUCGUCUCCACUCCAACUCUCUGCGUUGCGACUGUCACCUGGCCUGGUUGUCUCCGUGGCUGCGGCAGCGGCCGGCGUUAGGCCUCUACACCCAGUGCAGCUCCCCCCCCACGCUGAGGGGCCUCAACCUGGCUGAGCUGCGCAAGAAUGACUUCGCCUGCUCGGGCCACGGCGGCAGCGCCUUCGUUCAGCCGUGCAGUCUGGCGUCCGGCUCCUGUCCUCCCAUGUGCUCCUGCAGCAACAACAUCGUGGACUGUCGAGGGAGGGGCCUCACCGCCAUCCCCGCCCACCUCCCCGAGGCCAUGACGGAGAUUCGUCUGGAGCAGAACGGCAUCAAGUCAGUUCCUCCCGGCGCCUUCACCUCCUACAAGAAACUCAGACGAAUAGACCUGAGUAACAACCAGAUUUCUGAGAUCGCUCCAGAUGCUUUCCACGGCCUCCGAGCGCUCAACUCACUGGUUCUGUACGGCAACAAGAUCACGGAGCUGCCUGGUGGAGUGUUCGAUGCUCUGGCUUCACUGGAGCUGCUGUUGCUGAACGCAAACAAGAUCCAUUGUAUCAGAGCCACCGUGUUUAAAGAUCUGGAGAAUCUGGCUCUUCUGUCGCUGUACGACAACAAGAUCCAGAGUCUGGCUAAAGGGACCUUCAGCUCCCUGCACAGCAUCCAGACCCUCCACCUGGCCCAGAACCCCUUCGUGUGCGACUGUAACGUGAAGUGGUUGGCCGACUUCCUGCGUUCGAACCCCAUCGAGACCAGCGGCGCCCGCUGUGCCAGCCCUCGCCGCCUCGCCAACAAACGCAUCGCACAGAUCAAGAGCAACAAGUUCCGAUGCUCCGCCAAAGAGCAGUACCACAUCCCAGGCACUGAGGACAGACGUCAGAGCUACGAGUGUAACAGUAAGCCGGUGUGUCCCGCUAAGUGUCGCUGUGAAGCCAACGUGGUCGACUGCUCCAACCUCCGUCUCACCAAGUUCCCUGAGCACCUGCCCUCGUCCACCGAAGAGCUGCGUCUCAACAACAACGACCUCUCCGUGCUGGAGGCCACCGGCGCCUUCAAGGGCCUGACGCAGCUCAAGAAAAUUAACUUGAGCAACAACAAGAUCUCAGACAUUGAGGACGGAGCGUUUGACGGAGCGUCCUCGGCGGUGGAGCUUCACCUCACGGCCAAUCACCUGGAGUCUGUGAGAGGGAGCAUGUUCAGAGGGAUGGAGGGACUCCGCAUGCUGAUGCUGAGGAACAACAAGAUCAGCUGUAUCCAUAACGGCAGCUUCACAGGUCUCACCAACGUCCGGCUUCUCUCGCUGUACGACAACCAGCUGAGCACCAUCCUGCCCGGGGCCUUCGACACGCUGCCCAACCUGUCCACGCUGAACCUGCUGGCCAAUCCUUUCACCUGCGACUGCCGUCUGUCCUGGUUUGGGGCGUGGCUGCGGAGCAGGCGAAUCGUGACGGGGAAUCCUCGCUGCCAGGGCCCCGCCUUCCUCCGAGAGAUCCCACUGCAGGACGUAGCUGUGCCCGACUUCCGCUGUGAAGAUGGGUCGGUGCUGGACGACAGCAGCUGUGUUUCGGGGCCUCAGUGUCCGACCCAGUGCACCUGCAUGGACACGGUGGUCCGCUGCAGCAACAAACACCUACAGGGUCUCCCCAGGGGGCUGCCGCGCAACGUCACCGAACUGUAUCUGGAUGGAAACCAGUUCACCAGUGUUCCCAAAGACUUGGCCACCUUCAAAUACCUGCAGCUCGUAGAUCUGAGCAACAACAAAAUCAGUUCCCUGUCGGACGACUCCUUCUCCAACAUGAGCCAGCUCACCACACUGAUCCUCAGCUACAACUCACUCCGCUGUAUCCCUCCUCUGUCGCUGAGCGGCCUGCGCUCCCUGAGGCUGCUCUCUCUCCAUGGCAACGACAUCUCGGAGCUGCAGCAGGGCAUCUUCAGCGACGUGGCCUCCCUGUCUCACCUAGCGAUCGGAGCCAACCCUCUGUACUGCGACUGCCGCCUGCUCUGGCUCUCGGACUGGGUGAAGAGCGGCUACAAGGAGCCGGGUAUCGCCCGCUGUGCCGGCCCCCGGGGGCUGGAGGGCAAGCUGCUGCUCACCACGCCCGCCGACAAGUUCCAGUGUCUGGGUCCCGUGGAGGCGUCUGUUCAGGCCAAAUGCAGCCCGUGUGUGUCGUCCCCCUGCCAGAACCAGGGCGUCUGCCAAGUGCACCACACACAACCGUACACCUGCACCUGCAAGGCCGGAUUCACGGGUGAACACUGUGAGACACCAGUGGACGCUUGUGUCAGUAAUCCCUGCACCAACGGAGGAACCUGCCUGAGCGACGAGCAGACCAGAGGCUUCAGCUGCGCAUGUGCGUUUGGUUUCCACGCCACGUUCUGCGAGGUGAACGUGGACGACUGUCAGGACCAUGGAUGCGAGAACGGCGCCACCUGUGUGGACGGAGUUGGGAACUACACCUGCUUGUGUUCUCCUGACUACACAGGUCUGUUUUGUGAAGAAGAGGAGGGGGGGUGUUCUCCAGGUAGAAACCCCUGUCAGCAUCAGUCUACCUGCGUCAGCUCCCCCACAGGCUCCAGGUGUGUGUGUAUCCCCGGCUGGGUGGGGCCGGACUGCAGUAUCGAUUAUAACGAGUGUGUGGAUCAUCGCUGUCAGAACAGAGCUCAGUGUGUCGACCAUCUGGACGGGUACAGCUGCGUCUGUCCUCAGGGAUACAGUGGACAGUUCUGUGAGGUGGCCCUUGUCCCCCCGUCCCCGUGCCAGCUGGCUCAGUGUCAGAACGGCGCCCCCUGCGUGGAGGGGACGGGCACGGCGGAGUGUCGGUGUCCGCCCGGCUUCGAGGGUCAGAGCUGUGAGAAGCUGGUCAGCGUCAACUUCGUGGACAGAGACUCGUACGUCGAGCUCCAAGACGUCAAGAACUGGCCCCAGGCCAACAUCUCCCUGCAGGUGUCGACAGCAGAGGACAACGGCAUCCUGCUCUAUAACGGAGACAAUGAACCAAUCGCUGUUGAGCUUCAUCAGGGUCAUGUCAGGGUCACGUACGAUCCCGGGAACCAGCCUGCGACCACAAUUUACAGCACCGAGACGGUAAACGACGGGCAUUUCCACACAGUGGAGCUGGUGACCUUUAACCGGAUGGUGAACUUGUCCGUGGACGGAGGAGAGCCGACGACUCUGGACAGUCAGGGGCGGAGCCAGCUGGUGACGGGGGAGGCUCCUCUGUAUGUGGGAGGUUUGCCGGAGGAGGCGAUGCCCGCCUCUCUGGGUCUCUCCUCUCAGACCCUCAACACGUCCAGCUUCCACGGCUGCAUCAGGAAUCUGUACAUCAACCACGAGCUGCAGGAUUUCACCCGCAGCCACAUGAAGCCCGGCGUGGUCCCGGGCUGCCAGGCCUGCCGCAAACUCUACUGCCUCCACGGCCUGUGCCAACCCGCCGCUGCGCAGGGUCCUCAGUGUCACUGUCAGACAGGCUGGACGGGACAACACUGUGACCAGCCAAUAGCAGGAGCCCUUACUGGACUGGAGGUUGUCGCCACGGCAACCAGUGUCAACCCGUGUGAAGGCAACAAGUGCGUGAACGGCGCGUGCGCGGAGCUGGACGCGCAGACGUACCGCUGCGACUGCCAGGAGGGAUAUCACGGCGCGCUGUGCAACCUGCAGGGGGCGCCGGCGGGGUCCUGCCAGGGUCUGCAGUGUCUGCACGGACAGUGUCAGGAGACGGAGGGGGGCGAGCGCUGCGUCUGCCAGCAGGGGUUCACCGGAGAGAGCUGCGCCACAGAGUCUCCGUGUCGCGGGGAGCCGGUGAGGGAUUACCACCGGCUGCAGCGCGGCACCGUCCUCUGCCAGACGUCCAAAACCUUCUCCUGGGUCGAAUGUCGGGGUCGAUGCCAGGCGGGAACCGGGCCGGGUGCCACCGGCGCCCCCUGCUGUGCUCCUCUGAGGGUGCGGCGCCGGCGGCUCCCCUUCGAGUGCGACGACGGGACUUCGUUCACACAGGACGUGGAGAAGCCUGUGGAGUGUGGCUGCAAGGAGUGUGUGUAGUGCUGUGGGUGGUGCGCACAUGCAGACACACACACACACACACACACACACACACACAAACACAAGCUGAAGAGGUACACACACUGUAGGGACUCUCACUGAUGAACGGACGUUGUCGGUGGUGUUUGUUUCGUGUGUGUUUUUGCGCACAGACGCAGUUUUGUAACAUAAGACAGUUCUUCCCUCCUGAGACAUGAAAUCAACGAGUCAACCUCAUCAUCAUCAUCAUCGUCGUCCUCCUCCUCCUCUUCCUCGCCUGCCGCAGAGGAACCUGUGAGAUAACUACCUAACUCCAGCUCAUUAGCGAUGCUCACGUGUUGAAACGCCUCCGUAGGCCUCCUGUAUGUGUUUCUGAUGUGAGGCGGCCUCAGCGCUUCCUUCCCUCACAGUCGACUUGUCACAGGAAACUAAGGUACGAGUCCGAGGCUCCUUCUGUACGACGGCUGUUUCCUUUGAGAACUCACAGAGGCGUCUGGCGUCCACACUUUAAAACGGAGGUGUUUGGAAACGAUGACAUAGGCACUAACAGUUCACUUCUGAAAUUCUACAACGAAACAGCUGUUUACAUGUGGAGGAGAACAGAUGUUCGUCCUGUUCACACGUGCACGCCCAGAACGCACAGAUUCAGGCGUGUUUAUACGGACGGACGUUAAAAUUUAUACCGACACAAAAAGCUUGUGCGCACAGAGAUCGUUUUAGUUUCAAAACACUGUUAGUGGUGUGGACGUCGCCUGAGAUGCUCGUGAGUUCACAUUAUUGUUAUUUGACGUGUUAGAAAUCCAGUGAUGUUCCGCCAUCGUCCCUCAGACGUGACCUCUUGACCCUGAGUGGUGAUUGAAGCAGAUCAGCGGCGGUGGCGUCGGUUACGUUUAUGUUCUGACCUCACAACAACCCUCGACACGCCGCCAGUCCAUCACAGCGCUGACCUUCCAGCAGCAUCCAUCCAUUUCACUUGUCCUUUUGGAGGGUCACAGUGGGGGGGGGGACACGUCGCCCGUUUAUCACAGCGCCGACGCGCCGACAACCAGGAAGUGAAAAGACCUCAGUCUCACAUCGGCCGCAUGUUGUGAAACGUUGUCGGUUGGAGACGUUUCUUCAACAGUCUGACGUCAAAGAGGAGAAAUUAAAACGACUGGAAGCAGCAGGAACAGUCAUGUUCAUAUUUUAUUGUCUAAUUUUUACUAUUUUGAAGGGAAAUCAUAUCCAGAAAGUUCAGUCCCAGUCGACCAAACCUUUCCUCGUCUACUCACGAGAGCGUUUCCUCCGAGUCUGUCUGGUUCUUUCUUCACAUUAAACUCAUCACGUGGAUCUGAAGAGACGAAAACCUCGGUUAUUAUCUGUGAAACUUCCUUUAACGAAACAAGCUGCUGCACAUUCCUCGUUUCUUCGGAUCUUCUCCCUCUGAUGUGACUCGUAGCCUGAAUCCACGACUUUCAGUCUUUUCUCCUUGAUGCUGCGUCGUUUCUGUGUUUUGCAAAUUAAAGACAGUUUUUCUCCCCUUUACUUAAACUUUGAAUUUUAAUUCCAUUUAAUCUGUAAGUGUUUGAACUUUACAGUGACAAAGUAUAAUUACACUAAUAUAAUAUAUGUAAAUUACACUGAACAGGUAUUUUAAGACAAAGUCAGUCUCCUCAGACCUGUUUGUCUGAAAGUGAAAACAAUUGUAAUCACAUUUAUCAUAAAAUAAGCUGCUAAGUUAAAUAACUAACUUUUCUUUACAUCAGCUGAUUCACUGCAGAUCAACACGUCUUCCUCUCGGGAAUAAAGUCCAUUAACGUCUGUGGUGGAGGAUCUGAUGUGUCGAACCAUCAGCGCCCCCUGCAGUUUGAAAAGCGGAUAACAAAGACUUCAUUAAAUUUGCAGAGAUAAAACUUCUUGUUCCACUUCCUCUAAUAUAAUCUGAACAGAGCCCAAAGGUCAAAGGUGACGGAGUUCACAGGGGACGGCAGCGGGGGCGUUCCCAUCGCUGCUCGCCAGACGCCCUUUCUCCCAGUUUAAACUGGUGUGUGCGUGUGUGAGAGCACGUUUGUUCUUGUUCUUCUAUAUUUGCGAGGACUUUUCUUAAUAUAGGAGUUGUUGUGAUGUGGACAAACUGUUGAACGAUUUGUUAUCAGGACAGAAACACAGGAACUUCACUAAGUCUAAUGGUUUUAAAGACAUUUUAAAGUCGUAGGAAAAGGUCAAAGGUUAAAUUUAGUUUCACAACGACGCAGAGUCCUCACAAGUAUAGAUGCACAAAAACUAAGUGUGUGUGUGUGUGUGUGUGUGAGUGUGUGUGUGUGUCAUUGUUAAGACGCCUCCAACAACAAGACGCCGUCCAUGAUGAUGAGCUUCAUUAUACGACGCCGCCGCCGCCGCUGCGCUCCGAUCAGACUCCUCCUCUCCGAGCAGCCGGUGAACGCUUCGUACAAAUAACCACGGGACACAUGUAGCUUUUAUAUAUGAUGACAUGUAAUUUAUAUGGACGUGAAACUAAAAAUAACAAGUGUGUGUGUAAUGAGUUUUUAACAUGUUUUUAUUUGUUUUAGUUGUUUUUGUCAUGAAGGCCGAGUUGUGUCAUGAAUCUGAAGUAAACUAAUGUAGCUUUUAACAUCAUCAUCAUUAUUAUUAUUAUUAUUAUUAUUAUGACUAUAACUGCAAUACGUCGACACAGUAACAGCCUAACAGAUUGUAAUAUAUUAUUCUAAUGCGUUUGAUUUCCUCACAGUAUUUUUAUAUGUUGAAGAUGAACUUGUCUCUGUGUCGUCUGUAGCUUCUAGAGUCAAAGUCUCUGUUUUCAUUUUGCCAAAAAACCAAAACUGCAAAAAAGAGAAAAAAGUUUCCAAAGCGAUUUCACAUCAUUCAUGGAAAUUAAUAAAAAAAAAA